AAUCGGGGAUAUAACCUAAGGAAAACAGAGUAUGCGUCUUUUUCUUUUUUUCCAAUGCAUACUGGAGAAAAAGAGUAGGAUGCACUGCGUUGCAAUCCGGGCCCCACUUGGCGGCGAAAACGGGUUGAUGACUCAGCACACUUCAGGAACAUAAGACUAUAAGAGAGUAUGCACAUUUCAGGUUUCACCAAGCACUCUGCUAACUAGGAUGGCAAGAUUUGAGAAGAAAUUAACGAGAACAGACGAAGGUUCCAUGUUGGUAAUCCCAACUCGUUUCGCCAGGAAUCACAUGCGACGGGUUGAAGGAGGCUCUGAAAAUAUAACAGUCGUGGAUGUGGGUGGAAGAGUAUGGAGGUUCGGCUACUACGUCCGACGUCACCGCAACCCACGUCCCGUUUUGAGAUCGGGGUGGCGCCGCUAUGUCCUCGAGAAAGGACUGAAAGUUGGAGACAAAAUCAUAUUUGAGCGUGUGGAUGGCUUCCCGGAGCGUUACAGGAUUGGAGCAAGAAGAAGGAUCAAGCUGUUCGGUCUGGAAGUGUGGACUGACGUAUUCUAAAACGUUUCAUGUGUAUGUAUGUAUAUUUGAUUUCUAAGGAUUAACGUUUUUACAUUUGGUCGUGUGUUGUCUUUUCGCUAUGUUGUUUUUGUUGGUCCACUUUGUUGUGUUGAAUUUUACAUUUGGUCGUGUGCUUUCUUUUCGCUAUGUUGUUUUUGUUUUUUGAAAAUAAGUAAUGGAGCUAUGU